ACUCUUAAAUUUGUUGCUCUUAUAGAUUUGCUAUCAACUUUUACGGAUGUAACAUGGACGAGAAUCAGUGGGAGAAACGCGAAAAAUGGAACCCUGAUAGAUUUUUGGACAAGAAAUACGAUCGCAAUGAUAUGCACAAGACAAUGGCGUUUGGAGGGGGAAAGUGGGCGUGCACGGGUUAUCAACAAGCGAUGCUGAUUGCUUUCACUGCAAUCGGGAGAUUGGUGCAAGAGUUUGAGUGGAGACUGGAAGGCGGGGAGGAAGAAAAUGUCGAUAUUGUUGGAAUCAUCAAUCAGAAACUUCAUCCAAUGCACGCAAUUAUAAGGCCAAGAAAUUGAGCAUAGCAAACACAAGGCCAACUCUUUGGUCCAUUGCUUAGAGCUAAGCGGUGAAGCCAAUAUUUCUAUUUCAAGGUGACGCUGGUUAAUGAAACUCCACUUAUAUUUUUAAUAUUUUUUUGUGUGUAAACAUGUGAAAGAAAAAGGUUAAGCGUAAACUAAAUCAAUAUUGAU